AUGUCAGCGGCAGCAACUGGUGAUAGCAACACCCACAAAUCAACUAAUGCCUGUCCCAGACGGAAGGUUAUGCGUUGGCUCGUCUCCUGGCAAAGAGGCCUCGGGGACCAUACGAGCCCAUCCGGGCCAUCCCCCAAAAACCAGGACGAUGAUAACGACCAACCCGAAAGCGGCGCCGGCGACUCCAGCGACGCCCAGUCCAUCCGCUCCCAACGCUCCAACCACUCGGCGCAAUCCGCCAAGUCACGAGGCUCGAUAUCGUCCUUCCGGUCUUUUGCCUCGCACUUCUCGCGCCUCUCGCGCAUGUCGGGCAGCUCGCAGCGCUCGUACGAGAACCCGGUCCUCGAGUCGGUCCAGACCAUCGUGGACCUGGCCAUCAAGCUCGAGGCCGACAACAAGCGCACCAUGCAGGGGACCACCCCCAGGGCGAGCAUGGCUCGCGAGGCGAGGAGGCGCUGUGAUUGCUAUGAGGAGUCGCUGAAGAGGUUGAGGGGUCAGGUUGAGGGGUAUGCGGCGCAUCCGGCGGUGGUGUAUAGUGGGGUGCAUACUUCGCCGAAGGAACUGGUUCUGCUCUGCGAUAGGGUGAGGCAGGUCGACCACGGCCCCCGUGCCGAGGUUGACACUGAGAUCCUGACGCUGCACUCGGACCUGCUCGACGAGGUCGCUACGGAACUGGCGAGCUGGUUUAACCGUUUCGUCACUGCUCCGAGCCAACAGGGGCCGGUACAUCGGGUUUAUAUCCCCUCGCCGCUGAAGCACGAGGUGCCAUUAGAAGAGACGAUUGUGGAUGGGGGGUGUCCUUUGCAGCAAGCACAGGGCUCGUUGGUCCCCCCGGUCAAGCUGUGA